UGUGGUGCUUUGCCCAGCCCUCCUGUCGGUGUGGCUCCUAGGGUAUCGAGUGCUCUCUGGGAGUUUUGAUUAAAGCCCAAAUACCUUCAGUCAGAAGGCUGGGCACUGGAAAAGAAGACCGUACAAGGGGCCUGAAGUGGCUGAAAGAAGAGGCUAAACACUUACUUAUGGCUGUUUAGUGUAAUUAUCCAUCACAUUUGGGAUUGUGGAAGGGAAGUCAUUUAAAAUCAGUUGAAGUCGCCCAAGUUUUGUUCACUUUUGUGGGCGCCGACCAUGGAGAUGCAAAGGUGGUCCACAAGGUGGAAAACGAAAAGGUGGAUUAUGGAUUCCACUGUAACCGCAUUCAUCACUUUAACCCUGGUUCUGCAGGCUACACAUGUCAGAGCAGCUGAACCGGUGGACGUGCUAAAAGUAUUAGAUUUUCACAAUUCCCCCGAAGGAGUUCGGAAAACAUCAGGAUUUUGCACAAACCGAAGAGCGUCUAAGCCGGACACAGCCUACAGAGUUGGAAAACUGGCCCAAAUCAGUGCUCCCACCAACCAGUUAUUCCCAGGGGGUGUGUUCCCUGAAGACUUCUCCAUCCUGACCACCCUCAGGCCCAAGGCCGGCCUCCAGUCCUUCCUGCUGUCUGUUUACAGUGAGCAGGGCGUGCAGCAGCUGGGGGUGGAGGUGGGACGCUCACCUGUCUUCCUGUAUGAGGACCAGAGUGGCAAGCCCGCCCCUGAGGACUACCCCCUGUUCCGCUCUCUCAACCUGGCCGACGGAAAGUGGCAUCGUGUGGCCAUCAGUGUGGAGAAGAAGACGGUCACCAUCAUCGUGGACUGUAAACAGAAGAUCACCAAACCCCUCCUCAGGAGUGACCGUGCCUCUAUUAACACCAACGGGAUCACUGUGUUCGGAACCAGGAUCCUUGACGAGGAAGUCUUUCAGGGUGACAUCCAGCAGCUGCUGAUUGUGGCCGAUCCUAAAGCAGCUUAUGACUACUGUGAACACUACAGCCCCGACUGUGAAACUCCCCACGGGCACUCCCUGCAGGCCCAGCAGCCCGAGGACGAGUACACCACUGCUGAUGACUUAGAUUACACUCAGUUCUAUGAUUACUCUGAAGUAGAAGGAGAGACAGAGAAUGUUCCAACAGACGAGUAUGAGGCGGGUAGUGACCCUCAGCUAAACAAUGUAGACGGAGAAUACACUGAGUAUACUGACAGUGAGCUUGACUACGGAACUGUAGAGGGUACUCAAACUCAGUCUCCCAUUGCCACCAGUGGACCAAAUGAGGCUGUCGAGGAGGAGAUUGUUGCUGGUGACUAUGUUGUCACUGGAGCCGCCCCACUGAGUCAGGAGCCCACCGGUGCCCCCGAGGCUGGCCUGGACAGUGUGGACCCCGGAGUGGACGAGUAUGACUUUAAGGAGUAUGACCUAGGGGGCGUGUUGGACAAUAAGCAGUAUGAGUAUGGGGUGUAUGAUGAGUAUGGAAAUGUGGCCGCUGAGCUACCCAACCACAUGGAUACUGUUGAAGAAGAGGUGGGGCUGGGGGUUCCCGCGGAAACGGAGGAAUUCACCCAGACUGCAGUGGCUGGUGGUGGGGAGAAAGGAGAGAAGGGCGAACCCGCUGUGAUCGAACCUGGCAUGCUGAUUGAAGGACCUCCUGGACCUGCAGGCCCAGCUGGUCUACCAGGCCCCUCAGGUCUGCAUGGACCCCCUGGUGUUGCUGGAGAUCCUGGUGACAGGGGUCCCGCAGGGCGGGCUGGUCUGGCAGGAGCCGACGGUUUACCAGGUCCUCCUGGUACCAUGCUGAUGCUGCCAUUCCGUUUUGGAGGGGACGGAGAGAAGGGACCCGUGGUGUCUGCUCAGGAGGCCCAAGCCCAGGCCAUCCUCUCCCAGGCUAGACUCGCCAUGAGAGGUCCCUCAGGUCCAAUGGGUCUCACAGGAAGAUCCGGUCCAGUGGGUGUUCCUGGUUCUGCUGGACUUAAAGGUGAUAGUGGAGAUCCUGGUCCUCAGGGCCCCAGGGGAGUCCAAGGGUCUGCAGGACAAAUAGGCAAAUCUGGCAAGAGGGGUCGUGGCGGAGCCGAUGGGGCCCGAGGAAUGCCUGGAGAGUCAGGCUCUAAGGGUGACAGAGGCUUUGAUGGCCUUCCCGGUCUGCCUGGUGAGAAGGGUCACAGGGGGGAGACAGGACCACUGGGACCACCUGGAGCCCCUGGAGAGGAUGGACAGAGAGGCGAGGAUGGAGAGAUCGGGCCAAGGGGAUUGGCUGGAGAGAGUGGUCCUAGAGGUCUGCUUGGGCCCCGCGGUCCACCCGGUCCCACUGGACAGCCUGGUGUAGCUGGAGUGGACGGGCCACACGGUCCCAAAGGAAACAUGGGACCUCAAGGAGAGCCAGGACCUCCGGGUCAGCAAGGAAUCCCAGGGACACAAGGUCUUCCUGGUCCUCAAGGUCCCAUCGGACCGCCUGGUGAAAAAGGACCUCAGGGCAGGUCGGGGUUGGCUGGUUUACCCGGGUCAGAUGGACCUCCUGGUCAUCCUGGUAAAGAGGGCCCACCUGGUGAGAAGGGAGCUUUAGGCCAGUCAGGUCCCCAGGGUCCUAUUGGUUAUCCUGGUCCUCGUGGUGUCAAGGGUGCUGAUGGUGUUCGUGGACUGAAGGGUGGAAAGGGAGAGAAGGGUGAGGACGGUUUCCCUGGGUUCAAGGGAGACAUGGGUCUCAAAGGUGACAGGGGUGAGCUCGGUGUGCUUGGGCCCCGCGGGGAGGACGGACCUGAGGGCCCCAAGGGCCGAGCAGGGCCCAACGGAGAGUCUGGCCCCAUGGGUGCUGCUGGAGAAAAGGGAAAACUGGGUGUUCCAGGAUUACCCGGCUACCCAGGAAGACAAGGUCCAAAGGGUUCCAGUGGCUUCCCGGGCUUCCCAGGGGCCAACGGAGAGAAAGGAGCCAGGGGCGUGGCGGGCAAACCCGGUCCAAGGGGGCAAAGAGGUCCAACGGGUCCACGAGGGGGUCGGGGUGCUAGAGGUCCUACAGGCAAGCCAGGCCCUAAGGGCACGGCGGGCAAUGAUGGUCCACCUGGCCCGCCUGGCGAAAGAGGACCUCAAGGACCCCAGGGCCCCGUCGGGUUCUCAGGACCAAAGGGCCCCCCUGGACCACCUGGAAAGGAUGGGCUGCCCGGCCACCCUGGUCAGCGAGGAGAGACGGGAUUCCAAGGAAAGACAGGUCCACCCGGCCCAGGGGGUGUCGUUGGUCCUCAGGGUCCCACAGGAGAGACCGGUCCCAUCGGUGAGAGAGGCCACCCUGGACCCCCAGGUCCACCCGGAGAGCAGGGUCUUCCCGGCUCUGCUGGCAAAGAGGGAGCCAAGGGAGACCCCGGGCCCCAAGGAGCCUCAGGUAAAGACGGUCCCGCUGGUCUACGAGGAUUCCCAGGAGAGAGAGGUCUUCCCGGCGCGUCGGGUCCAGCUGGUUUGAAGGGAGGAGAAGGACCUCAGGGUCCCUCUGGCCCCGUGGGCUCCCCUGGUGAGAGAGGUGCUGCUGGGCCUGCCGGCCCUAUCGGUUUAUCUGGUAGAACUGGCCCUCAGGGGCCCCCAGGACCUGCUGGAGAGAAGGGAGGGCCUGGUGAGAAAGGUCCCCAAGGACCAGCUGGUCGGGACGGAGUCCAAGGUCCAGUGGGUCUGCCUGGUCCCGCCGGACCUCAGGGUCCACCCGGAGAGGACGGUGAUAAGGGAGAGGUUGGAGAGCCAGGUCAGAAGGGAAGCAAAGCAGACAAGGGUGAACAGGGUCCUCCUGGCCCAGCUGGUCUCCAGGGUCCCAUCGGUAACCCAGGACCUGCAGGAGGUGAUGGAGAGCCCGGUCCCAGGGGUCAGCAGGGGAUGUUCGGACAGAAGGGAGACGAAGGAUCCAGAGGUUUCCCCGGGCCCCCUGGUCCCAUUGGUCUGCAGGGUCUUCCUGGACCUCCAGGAGAGAAGGGUGAGAAUGGCGAUGUCGGUCCGAUGGGUCCCCCCGGUCCACCUGGUCCCAGAGGUCCUCAGGGUCCUAGUGGAGCUGAUGGUGCACAAGGUCCUCCUGGUGGUGUGGGUGCCAUGGGAGGCGUGGGUGAGAAGGGUGAAAACGGUGAAGCUGGCAACCCAGGAACCCCUGGAGAGCCCGGAACUGGAGGGCCUAAAGGCGAGAGAGGAGACAAGGGAGAGGCAGGACCACCCGGAGCUGCCGGACCCGCUGGCGCCAAAGGACCCCCUGGAGAUGAUGGACCCAAAGGCAACCCUGGGCCGGUUGGUUUCCCUGGAGACCCUGGUCCACCCGGUGAGGCCGGUGUUGCUGGAACUGAUGGCUCUGCGGGAGAGAAAGGAGAGGAUGGUGAAUCUGGUCAGCCUGGUCCUCCUGGUCCAUCUGGUGAAUCUGGUCCACCUGGUCCUCCCGGCAAGAGAGGCCCCCCAGGAACUGCCGGUGCAGAGGGUAGACAAGGAGAGAAGGGCGCCAAGGGUGAGUCUGGAGCCGAGGGACCCCCAGGUAAAACUGGCCCAGUCGGCCCACAGGGGCCCUCAGGAAAGCCCGGUCCAGAAGGUCUGCGUGGAAUCCCUGGCCCUGUUGGUGAACAAGGACUUCCUGGUUCCUCUGGACAAGACGGCCCACCUGGACCUAUGGGACCCCCUGGUCUCCCAGGUCUGAAGGGUGACCCCGGGACCAAGGGUGAAAAGGGUCAUUCAGGUCUGAUUGGUCUGAUCGGACCCCCUGGCGAGCAGGGAGAGAAGGGAGACCGAGGCUUGCCCGGACCCCAGGGUUCUCCUGGAGGCAAGGGCGACGGUGGUAUUAGUGGCUCUUCAGGUCCUCUCGGUCCUCCUGGUCCUCCAGGCCUGCCUGGUCCUGGAGGUCCUAAGGGAUCUAAGGGUUCAUCGGGUCCUGCUGGUCAGAAGGGAGACACCGGUACGAUCGGUCCACCUGGUCCUCCUGGUCCCCCUGGCGAGGUGAUCCAGCCACUGCCCAUCCAGUCUCCCAAGAAGAACCGCAGACAUGCAGACAUGCAGGCGGACGCGGCGGGCACCAUGAUGGACUACGGAGACGGCAUGGAGGACAUCUUUGGUUCGCUCAACAACCUCAAACAGGACAUUGAGAGGAUGAAGUACCCAAUGGGCACACAGAACAACCCAGCCAGGACCUGCAAAGACCUGCAGCUCGCCCACCCAGAGUUCCCUGAUGGUGAGUACUGGAUAGAUCCUAACCAGGGAUGUUCAGGGGACUCCAUCUCUGUCUACUGUAACUUCACGGCUGGAGGAGAGACCUGCAUCUACCCAGACAGGAAGUCCAGCGGAGUCAGAAUAUCUUCAUGGCCCAAAGAAAUACCAGGGUCGUGGUUCAGUGAAUUUAAGCGGGGUAAACUAUUGUCAUACGUUGACGCAGCCGGCAACACAAUAAACGAGGUUCAGAUGACCUUCCUGAAACUACUGACUGCCUCUGCCAGGCAGAACUUCACCUAUAACUGCCACCAGUCUGUGGUGUGGCACGAUGAGACCACCGACAGCUAUGACAAGGCGCUGCGAUUCCUAGGAUCCAACGACGAGGAGAUAUCCUAUGACAACAACCCCUACAUCAGGGCCCUCGCAGACGGAUGCGCGGCGAGGAAGGGCUACGGAAAGACUGUGAUAGAGAUUAAUACUCCCAAAAUCGAUCAGGUUCCCAUCAUAGAUGUCAUGUUGUAUGACUUUGGAGAUGCCAGCCAGAAGUUUGGAUUUGAAGUGGGUCCAGUCUGCUUCCUUGGCUAACUAAAAAAAAACAAAAAAACUUGGUGGGGUCAGAAAGAAAGUCAAGACAUUUUGGAUACCACCCAGCCCCCCCACCC